AUGCAGAACUCGCUCAUGAUUAUUAUGUAUGCUAGUACUAGCGGAGAACACGUAACCCUUAGUCCUCGUUUCAGCUCCGGCGAACAAGAGCCAGUCUAUUCAGCUUCACUGGCGGUCGAUAUCUUGGAAGGCACCGGUAUUUCAAACAAUACGAUGACUGUGAACGCGCGAUGUUCGAACUGCACAAACUGGGAAACGGGAUCAUUGGAUUUAAAAUCUACAGCCCAGUCUUGGAUAUUUGCUCUGGGCCCAACUGGCAGACAAUUUUUCGUGGACAUGGUUCAUGCAACUGGUGGUUCAGGCGGACUGCCAAUCUCCUAUACCACUGCUGCCGGUUCAUCGCUAGCUUCUACCACAAGCGAUAGCAACUGGCCAAGUAUCAUUCACGCCCUAUGUCUCUGUGGAGCCUUCAUUCUCCUGAUGCCUAGCGGUGUUAUACUACUCCGUGUGUAUCCAAAGAGUGUCCGGUGGCACUGGGUAAACCAAACAAUAUCCACCGGUCUCAGUCUUAUCGGCAUUGUCAUCGGCUUUUAUCUCAGCACGAUGUUCACCAAGUCUCAAUCGUUCGGUUCCACACACCAGAUUCUGGGCAUCAUCAUUCUUCUCGCAAUGUUAUUGCAAUUGGGCAUGGGUUUCUGGCACCAUUGGAUGUACAAGAGGACCCAAUCGCCCACCAGAUAUGGCAUCCUGCACCGUUAUUUUGGAUGGGUUGUCAUGUUCCUUGCUAUCAUCAAUGGGGGCAUCGGGCUCACUUGGUCAUACACAUCAACGUCCGUUGUGAUAGGAUACUCUGUUGCUGUCACUAUAAUUGGAUUAGGGGUUCUUGGAACCGUUUUUCGGGCAAAAUGGACCUCUGGUCGCAGUCAGAAAGGUUACGUAAAUGAGCCUACCGAUCUGAUCAGUCUCCAGACUGGGUAUGGUCCCAACGAUUCUUAUUUGCGAGCCGCGGACAGCCCACCACCUUAUGAGGAGUAUGAUCGACCGUAA